AUGAACAAAAUUUUAUUAUCUUUACUUCUUGUUAGUAUUUGUCUCUGUUAAGAGGAAACCCUCAUAUAACUCGAAAAUGGACUCAGUUUAACAAAUCUGAAUUAACUAAUGACUAUGGAUUUUAACAAAUUAACCUGUUAGACUAAUUUUAUCCAGGUGGGUCACUAAUUAAAAAUGUGGGCUGAACUAUAUAAGGACGAGAAAGUUAUACAUCAUGAAAUUCGGUUAUUGUCCAAAGCUCAUAAAAUACUAAACUAAUAAAGGUUUGAUAGAUUGAGAAAUACAAACACUUUGCAUAGUGCAAAAAGAAUACUUGCUGCCUUGAGACACAACACACAUAAGAAAGAAAAUACAAUUUAUUAGUAAUGGAGAGUGAAUGAAAUCAAGUAAUUGAAACAUUCAAUUUAAUUGUUAUAAACAUCUAAAACUGAGGAUGGCAAAAAAUAGUGUUGUGACAGGAUUGAAAAGUUAAUCAACAAAUAUUUGGAUGAGAGAAAACAUAUCGCUAAAUAAUGUGGAAAUUCCGAUAUAACAAUUAAUAUUAUUAAUGAUGCAGAAGGCAAAAUUGAAGUCGUCAAUAGAAAUUGCCAGGAAAGAGAAUCUGAUGUAAAAAGUGAUAGAGUGGAUUCUAAUGAGAAAGUUAUUGUUGGAUAAUCGUAACAAUAGAAGAAGGAGGAACAAAAUAGUAUUACUGAAAAAAAAUAAGAACAAGUUGUUGAAGAACAUCACGAAUCAACUGAAAGUGUCAUAGAAGAAAUUGCUGAGGAAGAGGAAGUAAUUGGUGAAGAAGAAGUAGAAGAAGAAAUAGAAAUAGAGGAAACAAUCAUUGAGGAAACAGUUACUAAGACAACUUCAACUAAAGUUGUGGAAUUACCGAAAGAUGAUAGUAAUGAAGUUGUAGAGGGUAAAAUAGUCUCAGCUCAAGGUGUAGGAGCAUGUGGAGAAGGUGAAAAAUAUUUAUAUAUUUUAUAAUCUUGUUACGUAUAAAGAGGGAUCUUAAUAAAUAAAUUAAUAUUGAAUAUGUCAUUAGAGGACAAAUAGCAAUUUUUAGUUGAUGAAAUCAUCAAUAAGGGAUACGAUAGUGAGGACUUUACUAAAUAUAUGGAUAGAAAGAAAGAAAAUGGCGGAUAAGAUUUGGAUGUCUGGCUGAUGGAUGAAUUGAAAUAGGCAGUCUUAGAUUAUCAAAAAAUGAAGAAUGCAAUGAUGCAAAUCGUUGAUGAUGAUAUUGGAUUCAAGAAGAAGAUAGAUUGCUAAAAACUUAUUGGCACUGAAAUAGGAAACACAAAUAAUGUGCAAAUUUUCAUUGAAAACUUCGAUAAGAAGGAUACAGGGUUCUUUAGUCUCAGUAAAUCAUAUGUAAAUUAUAGAAUUGUUACACAACCAUUAUAAUGGGCUGUCACAAGAAGAUAUUCAGAUUUCGAAUGGUUAAGGGAAAUCUUAACGAAAUAAUAUCCUGGAGUAUUUGUACCUCCUAUUGCUAAUAAAACUCCAACUAGAUAAUUCAGUGAUGCUUACUUAGUAAAAAGAAUGAAAUUUUUAGAAACAUUCUUAAAUCAUAUACUUAAUUCAACAAUUCUUACGAAUGACAAAUAUUUUUGUGAAUUCCUAAGAAUGCAAGAUGAAAAAGAAUUCAAAUCCCUCCAAAACGCCUCAGAGAAAGUCCAAAAAACAACGAAAUUAGAUAAAGUUUUUAGUGAAACAGGAUAAAUUGAAGUAGCUUUCAAUCCUUAAACUGAUAAUUACAUUAGAGCUGCUGGCAAUUUAAUGACAAGUUUAAAUUUAGAUUAUGAUGUGUAAAAUUACUUCUUUAUUGUUAGAAUUAUGAAAUAAUCUAAAAAAAUGUUAUAAGAUUUUGAGGUGGUAUCAACAACUAUGUUUUAAAUGGGUGAGUCUUUUGAAGUGCUUACCAAUCAUAUUAAUUAAUUUAAUUCUUCUGUGUAAGAACCAGAAAAGAUCUUGAAAUUCGAAGCAGUCACAAUUACAUUAAAUAAUAUGAUGAUGAUAUGGGGUAGAAAUUUCUAGAAUUACUUGAAUUAUAUCUAAGAUAACUUUAGAAAUUUCUUCAAAUAUCAUGACAAAGAGAUUUCUCAAUUGAAAGAACAUCUAUUGUUAAGACAAUAAAGUCAAGCUGAAUACUUAAAGUAUAAGGAGCGUUUGGAUUUGAAAAAGGAAAAGUUUUAUUAAUUAAAAGAAUUUAAUAAAUGGGAAGUCUCUAAGGAAGUCUUGGAUGAACUGAAACUAAAUAUUGAUAAUAAGAAAUUUUGUUUGAGUGUCAUGUUGCCUAAAGAAACAUCAUAGUAAAAUGAUUUAAGGGAUACAUAUGGCUAUUAUAAUUUGUCUGCAUAUAAUGAAAUUAAGAGGGUCUUUGAAUAGAAUAUUGAUAUUUAUGCAAAGCAUUUUAUUAAAUUUGCUGAUAGUCAGGCUAACAAUCUGACCAAGAUGCAUGUUACUUGGGCUGAUAUACAAGGUAAUUUACAAGGAUUAGACUUAAUUACAUAACAUGAUUAAAAAGUCUAAAUUAUGCAGUAGCCAAAACCAAAGGUAUGA